AUGACGAUGCAAAAAAUUAUUAUGCCGAUGCAAAAAGAUUUUAUGAGAAGGCCGUGGAGAAGUUUGAGAAGUGGGAGAAAGGGAAAUAAAUAUAAAGGGGAGAAGUUGAACGAGAUAGAAGAUGAAUUUAUAAAGGGGAUCUUGGGUGAAAAACAGGAAAAGAGGUUGGCCGAGUUGAAGAAAGAAAGAGAAGAGUUGGAAAAAAUAAUGACUAUUGGAAAGAGCAG